UAUAGCCAUUCUAAAAUUCUGAAGGAGCAAAGUUUAUGACAUCAUACCGUUGAGCCAAUUCUCUUAAACAAAUUACAUCAGGAAGUGUUCAGAUAGCAUAUCAUUAGAGCUUUGAUUUUGUUUGUUUCUCAUACUUCUGAAGGCAUCUUUGGUGACUUGAAAACCUAUAGAUAGUGCAAAUAGCAGCACAGAAACAGCUUUAUCCAAUUUAGGACGGAGGCAAACAACAUCAAUUAGUUCCAAGUAAAUAAUUUUUUCACCAAUCCCCAAACCUAGAGCUUCAAUGACUUGAUAUGCACUCAAAUUUGUGUCGUACUACGUCAAAAAUCGUUUCUCUUGCCAAACUUGGUCGCAUUUCAUGUGCGCGCAAAGUGUUCGAUAAUAUGCCGGACAGAGACGUUGUCUCCUGGAAUGCAAUGUUGUCAAGCUAUACUCAGAUGGGUCUUUACCCAGAAGCGCUUUCUCUUUUCCAGCACAUGAGAGUCUCCAAUACGAAUCCUGACCAAUUCUCGUUCACUGCGACUUUAAAUGCUUGUGCAGGCAUAAAUGACGUUCAAAAUGGAGCAAAAUUGCAUGCUUUAAUCCUUGUUCUCGGGUACCAAUCUUCGUUGCCAGUUAACAAUUCGCUUAUUGACAUGUAUGGUAAGUGUUUAGAGCCUUCUAGUGCAAGUAAAGUGUUCAAGGAAAUGAAUGAAACGAAUGAAGUUACGUGGUGUUCUCUGUUAUAUGCAUAUACAAAUACUGGUCAGUUCAAUAUGGCAAAUGAAGUUUUUCGUGUGAUGCCAAAUAGGGUGACAAUUGCAUGGAAUAUAAUGAUUGCGGGGCAUGCUAAACAUGGGGAAAUUGAAGUAUGUUUGAGUUUAUUUAAAGAAAUGCGAGAGAAUAUGAGUUUGCCCGAUCAGUGGACUUUGAGUGCUCUCAUGAGUGCUUGUGCUGAAUCAUCAGAAUUGAUAUAUGGAUGCAUGAUGCAUGCCUUUGUAAUCAAAAUUGGUUGGAGAUCCGCUGUGGAGGCAAAGAAUUCGAUCCUCAGCUUUUAUGCAAAAGUAGGCUGCCAGAGUCAUGCUAUCAAGGAGUUUGAAUCCACUGGAAUGUUGAGUCAAGUUUCUUGGAAUGCCAUCAUAGAUGCUUACAUGAAAUCAGGGGACACAGAGGAAGCGUUUAAUGUAUUUCAGCGGGCACCUGAGAAAAAUGUUGUUUCGUGGACGUCUAUGAUUACAGGGUAUGCAAGAAAUUCAAAAGGAGAACAAGCUCUUAGCUUCUUUGUUGAAAUGAAAAAGAAUUGUUUAUGUCCAGAUGAUUUCACAUUUGGAGCUGUCCUUCAUGCAUGUUCAAGUUUGGCGGUAGUAGGGCUUGGUAGCAUGGUUCAUGGUUGUGUGAUUCACUAUGGUUUCCAUGCUUAUGUUUAUGUUUGCAAUGGCUUGGUUAACAUGUAUGCUAAGUGUGGGGAUAUUGAAGGGUCAAUCCGUGCAUUCAGUGAAAUCCUGUAUAAGGAUUUGGUUUCCUGGAACGCGUUGUUAUUUGGAUUCGGGAUGCAUGGAUUGGCUAGUGAAGCUUUACAGCUCUAUGAUCAUAUGAUAGCAUCUGGGACAAAACCAGACAAAGUUACUUUCAUCGGACUGUUGAUAACUUGUAGCCACGCGGGGCUUAUAGAGAAAGGUAGUAUGUUUUUUGAAUCAAUGGAGUCAGUUUAUGGUCUUUCCUAUGAAAUGGAUCAUGUGGCAUGCAUGGUGGAUAUGCUCGGCCGAGGUGGAUACUUGAAGGAAGCAGAAGAAUUGGCAAAAAAGCUUUCGAAUGCAGUUCGUAGUAAGACCAGUUCUAGUGAGGCUAUGCUUGGAGCCUGUUAUGUGCAUGGGGAUGUUGAACUUGGAACAUAUCUGGGAGAGGAUUUGAAGACUUCAGAGCCUAAGAAGGAGACGAGCUUUGUUUUGCUGUCAAAUUUGUAUUGUGCAAGUGGUAAGUGGAAGGAAGCAGAGAUGGUAAGGAAGGCUAUGAUGGAUCAAGGGGUAAAGAAAUUGCCUGGUUGUAGUUGGAUUAGAGUGAAAAAUGAAGUGGCGGCCUUUGUAGCUGGGAAUAAUUCUCAUCCAUCCAUGGGAAAGAUAAGUGAAAUAUUACACUACCUUGAAUUUGAAAUGAGAAAUCCAUGCUUUAAUAGUUUUAAGAAUUAAAAGAAAUCAAAUAUUU